AUGGCGCACCAGACCCCUCCGCGCUCCUCUCGCUCCUCAUCCCCCGCCCGACCCCCAAUCAGCCCCAUAACCCCGACUCUGCCCCCCGCCCGCCUUCCCGACCCCGUGGCCCCUUUCGCCGCCGACCGCCCGGUCCUUACCCACGCCUCCCAGCCGCCGACGGCUACCGCCAUCCCCCCUCCGCGACCGGAGCCCAUUGACUUUGAAUCUAAUCCCGACGUCCUGGCCCUCAAGUCAGCCAUCUCUAUCCUUCAGAUGCAGUCGAAGAAGGCUGCUGUCGACAUUCAAGCGCUCAAUGCUGCGAAGAAUGCUGCCGUGGAGAACCCCUCUGCCUUCCUCGCUGAUCUCGGAGCAGGCAAGGUGCACACGCAGGGCGACAAACUGUUCCCAGAGUCCGACUCCGACUCAGAUGAUGAGACGGAGGACAAAAAAGCCAGGCAGGGUGCUGGAGAGGGCGGCGCCGGACAAGGAAAGGCGAAGGCAGACCCGCAGCCUUGGGAGACUUUGCCCAAACCCCAGAAUGUUGUGCGCUGUCCGCCCAUCAACUGGUCGCAGUAUGCUGUUGUCGGCGAGUCUCUCGAUAAGAUCCAUUCGGACCAAAUAGCGCGACCGAGUCAAGGUACGCCUGCGACGUUGGGACCGAACGGGACAUACGAGUUCAAGGGAGAGCCCGGAGGUAACCAGAGGCCCUUCAUCGGCGUUGCGGCACCCUACACCCCUGGGAAGGAUAGAAUCGACAAGAAGGUGAAAGGAGGCAAGCGCUAA